AUGACCGACUCGGCCCCGUCGUCAGAGAUGGAGCGCCUCACCGCCCAGAUGAGCCUUAAGGACACUCCCCAGAACGCGACGGGCGGCCCACCAUCACGGCCCUCGCCUUCGUCGGGAGCAGCGCCAUCGCUUCGACCGGCUCCUGGCACCGCCGGAACUCCGAGCGCAAGGUCGCCCAACACUGCUGUGGGUGCCGCAGAACGCGCUCGUCAGAUGGCAGGUGCACGCCUCCCUCCCAGUCUGCAAGCCAAGCUCGCCGCCAACGCGAAUCGAUCCACCGCAUCUCCCAACCCCGGCCAAUCCGUCAUGGGCCACGAUCAGCGCAUCGACAGCAACGCCAGCGCCUCGCUCUUCGUCUCGGCAAGCAGUCGACCCGGGACAUUGCCCGGCACAGGCAUGGGCGGCCUCGCUGCCCGUAGAGGUGUUCCCGGUGCGCUCGGCGGGCCCUCCGCAGCCACGCCCCCAGCAUCGUCAGGCGCAGCCAUGGGCGCACGACGCAAUCGACCCGGCCUCAAACUCAGCGACAUGGGCAUCGGCUCCGCGGAUGGGCUUGACGCUGCCAAUUCACAAAGAGGUGGCAUGGGUGCCGGCGCUGGCCGUCGAGCACCACCGCCAGGGCGUCUUCCCGAAAGUUCCGGUUCCGGCAAGUCUGACGAGACGGGGACACAGCAGAACGGAGACGCCAUGUCGACUCCCUUCAGCAACUUUUCCAAGAUUGUCGACCCUUCAGGUCGACUCAACUUCGGCGGCAAAGCCGUGCUUCACGCUUCCGGUGUCGAGUUCGGUAACGGCACUUCCUUCAAGAUCAACAUGGCCGAGCUCGAGCUCCUGGACGAGCUCGGAAAGGGCAACUACGGAACCGUUCGCAAGGUACGACACACCAAGACCCACGUAGAGAUGGCCAUGAAGGAGAUUCGUCUCGAGUUGGACGAGUCCAAGCUCAAUGCUAUCAUCAUGGAGCUCGAUAUCUUGCAUCGAGCCACUGCACCCCAGAUUGUUGAGUUCUACGGCGCAUUCUUCAUCGAGUCGUGCGUCUACUAUUGCAUGGAGUACAUGAACGCCGGCAGUCUCGACAAGCUCUACGGCGAGCGCGGUAGCGUACCCGAAGACGUGCUCGCACGCAUCACCGGCAGCAUGGUGCGCGGUCUCAGCUUUCUCAAGGACGAACUGCAGAUCAUGCACCGCGACGUCAAGCCGACCAACGUGCUCAUCAAUCGCCGGGGCCAGGUCAAGUUGUGCGACUUUGGCGUCUCCGGGCAACUCGAAAAGUCGCUGGCCAAGACCAACAUUGGCUGCCAGUCCUACAUGGCACCCGAGCGUAUCAAGGGCGAAUCGCAAAACCUGCUGGGUACCUACACGGUCGCCUCGGACGUAUGGUCGUUGGGACUGUCGAUGGUGGAGACGACGCUCGGCACCUAUCCGUAUCCACCCGAGACCUACUCGAACGUGUUUGCGCAGCUCCAGGCUAUCGUGCACGGCGAUCCUCCCGAGCUGCCCAGCGAGACGUACUCCGAGACGGCGCGCGAUUUUGUAGCGAAAUGCCUGGAAAAGAUCCCUGCUCGGAGACCAACGUACGCGCAAUUGCUGCAGCACAAUUUCCUCAAACAGGACGCGGCCAAGGGCGAGGAUGGUGUGGAUAUGGUCGGAUGGGUGGAGAGGGCCAUCGAUGCGAGAUCGAAGAAGAAGGAACUGGCCAACGGUUCCUCGGCUCCCGGAUCAUCGUCAACGCCGACCGAGGCAUGA